AGGUCAAGAAUACGGCAUGCAGCUCCGUGUGGGUCCUGGUUGCUAGGUAGUCGGUGGCUCGUCAGGUCCAGAAAACGGUAAGUGUCGUUGAAAAAAAGUAGAGGCCACAACUCGCACAGUCAGCUGCGAUAUCGCGCAUCGCCUCAUCGGUCAAACACUCGAUCCACUCUUGAGAUCCGAGAAGUAAGAACAGAAAUGGCAUCGAUCCGCAGCUAGGUUUUUGCUCGUGGAAAGUUGUCUUCCAGUUUGAAACUUCUUUUUGUGGUGCUUGUCGUCGUAACCACGGCGCGUUCUCCUCUAUCCCCAGGGAGACACGACCGCGCUUUGUGCGCUUGGAGACGAAAUGGGGAAGCUUGCGUGCGAUGUGGUGCUGAUCGCUCUGGCGGUAUCGGUGCUGCUGGACCUGCUAGCGGUCUUUUUGCCAUGGGGCAGCGUCACCAGCAUCAACUUCGGCGUAAGUCACGCCAAGUACUACCUGUGGUACAUCAUCGUGGAGCCGAAAAUCGAGCUGAUGCAAAAACUGCGUAACUUUUUUACUUUUUCAUUGCUGCGCUUCUUGAUUUGAGUAAGAAGGUAAUUUCGAAACGACUUUCAUCGGUCACUCAUCGUCCCAGAUAAAGUGCGACACAAACAAAUCAGAAUCCAACGGUAUUUUCUCCGGAAAGCAGAUUACCUGCCCGUGGGAAACGAACACACAGUAUUGCUACAAGAUUUCCACUCUUGAUGCCUUCACCGAUGCGACGAGCUGGCAGGCCUUCGAAAAUUUUGCUUCUCUGAACGGGCCGACAGCUGGGGCGACGAAUAUGGGGGCGGCGUUUUACGGUAGGCGCAGUGCUGCUUGUUUGCGUGCGUAGUUCUCGGAGUCAUCGUAUUGUUCUUUCGAAAAAACUUUAAAAUCAAAAACAGGCGGGGCGCUGACGUUGCUGAUGUUGAUUGGGACCAUGGUACUCCUGGUCAUGUCGGGCUGCUACUUGUUUCAGUACUGCUACUCUUUGAAGCCAGAAAACAGGGGGAAGAAGAAAUGGAGAAGGUAUAUCAAGCAUUUGGUCGUGCUGAAGGUGCUUUCUUUCAUUGUGAACAAAAAAUCAUGGUUGAAGUCACUGUGCCACCUGAGACCGCGCACCACUCUCCUUCUAAAAUAACAUACAACAAAAUCAACUACCGCAACAGGCUCGCACAGAUCCUGCUCUCUUUUGCGAUCGUUUCGAACUUUUUCCUCCUUGUCACGUGGCAAGUGACGCUGUUCAUCAUGAAUCGAGACGUCGGGCUUCUUGUCUUCUCUAAGGGUGACCCAACGCCAGCGCACGGCUGGAUUUUGUCGCUUUUCAACCUGUUCGUAUUACUGGGCGUUCUGCUGUCCUACAGAACCUGGAGAUCACCCUCUGCAGAAGCGGCACAAGUAGCGGAGAAGCUGAAGAAACGUACAACUUAAUAUUUCUUGGACGAAUUUUUGCUUCGUAAUCGUAUCCGUUCUGGUAUGAAACGCUCAGCCAUGAGUAGAAUUUCGAUUUACCAGAAAUAGAGCUUUGGUGCUAAAAUUCAGGUCACAAUUUCGAUCAAUACGUGGGAAACCGGGGUCGGCGAGAUUCAGAUGAGAAGUCAUUUCUGUCCGAUACAUCUACCGACGCUUCAUCGAAUGCGUCGUCAGUGCGACGGGGAAAGAACACGAAGCACCAGUCUCGAUUGGACCCUGCGGUAUCUGUCAGUUGCGAUUUAUUUUCCGAUCUUCUAGUUUGUUUCGUCCUCCUUUAUCACUUAGCACGAUGAUGAAGAUGGUGGUUAUGUUUGUUUGAUGUGCAGUUUCAGCCGCAACGUCGUACAUCUUUAAUAGCUGAUGCAUGCAAAGAAAUUAAUCCAGGUUCCUUCCUCCCCUCCGCAGGGAUUUUUCCAGAGUUUCUACGGCUCCAAUGCCACCGGGCGACAGCCGGCGGCUUACAACGAUCACCACCCACCACCGCUGGUCCACAAGCCGGGAUUCAUGCGGGCGUACCCGACCGCAGGCGGCAAGAACGGCGGCACGCCAUUAAUGCCCCGAAGUCUGCUGGGAAACGGCAGCCGCAUGCUCCCGCUGCCCUGUGCCGCGCCGCCACCACGGGGACGCAACAUGCAACGAGGCUACCAAAAUUGGCGGAACACUUAUGAGCAGCGAAGACGCUUUUCUUCUUCGAGCACGCCGCGUUCUUCCAGCGAGUCCUCUGUUUGCUCGCCGUCGCGGUCACCGACGGCAAACCGACGAUGGAGCAGGACCACGUUUUCAUCUCCGUUCUGCAGUAGCAACUCGGAGAACCGCAGGUAUCGAAGCAACAACAUGGAACCAUGGAAGCCGUACUUCAACGGAAACAACAACCCAAGCAACGGUCAGCGUGGCAACGUGCUACACAACAAACCACCAGGGCAGAUGACCCACAACACUGAUCCUCGCCACUCUUUUGGUGCCGCCACAACGCAACUGGGUUCGACCACAUUUGAUUCUUCCCGAAGCUCAAAUACCUGGAGCAGAGAACCGCCCAUGAGUGUGGCGUCAUCGAUGCAUCCUCAUUGACGUAGCGUCGAAAUGUACAAGUGAACAUUUGGAUUUGGAGCAGUUGCUUUUCGACAAAAUGAAAAUGAAUGUAGUCUACUUCUUUACUUACUAGGCAACUACAAGAAGCCCUGCACUAACAAUAACAGUACUCCCUACCUGAAACUUUUCUAUAGUUUCUCGUUUUGUACAUGUACCCUCUGCAUACAGCAGCGGCGUCUUGAAGCCUCCAUUGACACCUCUUCAGCGGCAUAUCCGAGAGUGACGGAUAUAAGUCGAGAAGAAAUGGCCGUGCAAACUAAUAGCAUGCGCCCUUUUAGUGGCUUCUUGUGCGAGGUUGGAGAAUCUGGGACUUUUGACAAUAUACUCUAAAUGGAAGCCCAAGUAAGAUGGAAGAACUGAAUCUCUAUUGAUUGCACCCUAUAAGUUCUUAGGUGAUUUCAAGUUUUGAAAGCCUUUUACACUUAAGGACUAGCACACUAUGUUGAUCGGGAACGAACUAAAACUAACAGUAUUUCUUUGCAAUGUCACUCCACUUGACUCUGUAGCCUUGAGAACACAGUUGAAAGCAGAAACGAAUUUGUCUACUACUUCGAAACGAAAAGCGACCCCCUUUUUGAGAAUAUCUGUUGUAACCUUCUGUGGAAAGGCGCUUCUCGUCCUUCCGAGGGCAAUCGGUUUUGUGAGUUCACUUGUUCCGUGCCAGCUCGAACGCGAAGAAGCGCGCUCGUGUCAUGAGUAUUCUAAUAGAAAAACCAAC